AUGGCUUUGCCCGGCAAAAAAGUGUUGCCAGAUGAGCCUGGGAGCGGCACCGCCGCCGCCCGCCCCGGCGACCUUGUGUUGCUCCACUAUGAGGGAGCGCUGGCCGGCGAUGGCAGCCUCUUUGACAGCACGCGCGGCGGGCAGAUGUACCUUGAUGGCGGCAAGGGCGCCCUGCGGCCCGUCGCCAUCCGCCUGGGCGGCGCGCCAGUGCCGGGCGUCUGCGAAGGCCUUCAGCGGGGGGUGGAGGGCAUGGUGGUGGGCGGGCGCCGCACCUUCCUGGUGCCGGCCGCCCUCGGCUUUGGCGGCAGCACCGUGCGGGGGCCCUACGGCAUUGUGCCCGGUGGCUCGACGCUGCGUUACGAGGUGGAGCUGCUGCGGCUGUCCCGCCAGGGCCCCGACGCGCUCAUGACCGGCAUCGCGCAGUGCGGGGCGGGCGCUGUGAACGAGCGCACCGCCGGCUGUGCCGACAUCAAGCCCGCAGAGUUUGUGUAG